GCACGCGGGGCAGGGAUUGUGACGUCACAAGCAGGGAGCGUAGACCCGGGUGCAGUUUUACUGAGCGCAGUCAGUGGAAGGUGAAGCUUAACUCGGCGUGUGUGUGUGUAUAUGUGUGAGUGUGUGUGAGUGUUUGUAAGGAGUCCAGCUGCUUUUCCCUCGCUGUUCCGUCUCAACGCAGGACACUAACGUCUCUCCUCAACUCUUCAUGUCACCCGCGAUCACACUUUCUCAUCACACGCCGCCUUGAUGACUUUUUCCUGCCUAACGUGAAGAGUUCCGUGUUUUCCUUAAGAACACCUUUGGCAGAAAUCAGUGCCGUCACAGGUACAAAGGAGCAGAGAAUCCGGAAGAACUCGCACUUCGGGUUUGAAGUCUUCCUUGCUGCAUUUAACACACACACACACACAGAGGGGUUCAACAUGAUGGACUUAAAGAAAAGGAAGAUCUUUAUCCUCGUGGAUGUUCUGUGUGUGAUCAUAGCGGGGCUGCCGUUCAUCAUCAUGACUAUCAUGCACGCCCCAUACAUUCGAGGUGUGUACUGCGACGACGAGAGCAUUCGUUACCCUUACAGGCCCGACACCAUCUCACACGCCAUGAUGGCCGUCGUCACCAUCACCUGCACCAUCAUCAUUAUUAUCACAGGAGAAGCUUACCUGAUCUACAGCAAGCGCCUCUACUCCAACACGGACUUUAACCAGUACGCUGCAGCGCUCUACAAAGUGGUGGGAACUUUCCUGUUCGGCGCUUGUGUGAGCCAGUCUCUUACAGAAAUGGCGAAAUACACCAUCGGACGUCCGCGGCCCAACUUCAUGGCCGUUUGCGCUCCCACCGUGUGCAAGGGCUACAUGCUCGAAAUUAACUGCACGGGAAAAGCAAACAACGUCACAGAAUCCAGGUUGUCCUUCUACUCUGGCCACUCGUCCUUCGGGAUGUACUGCAUGCUGUUUUUGGCGUUAUACGUACAGGCACGAAUGGCCUUCAAAUGGGCACGUCUUCUCCGACCCACAAUCCAGUUCUUUUUGGUUGCGUUUGCGAUUUACGUCGGAUACACGCGGGUGUCCGAUUACAAACACCACUGGAGCGACGUGCUCGUGGGUCUCCUGCAGGGGGCGCUCAUCGCAGUACUCAACGUUCGAUACGUCUCGGAUUUUUUUAAGGAGCGUCUUCCGCGCCAACGGCACCCCAGGGUGACGGAGGGCGGCGAAUUGGAGUGCAAACAAAGCCUGCAGAUAGCCAAGCAAGAGAGGAAUCACAACUGCAUUUCUGGGGCCGAGUAAGAGACUUUCAGGCUUGAGGCCGGUGUGUACCACUGGACAGGCUGCAGUGCUGCUCACUAAUUCCCCCACAUCUGCAUCCCAGAGGCAUCAGUGCAGCUGCUGUAGCCACUAAAGCUGUGGCACUGACUACAGACUCGCCUUCACACGUGGAUAAACUCUCCUUUAUUUUCGUGUGUGUGUGUGUGUGUGUGUGUGUGUGUGUGUGUGUGUGUAAGUGGCAUCAUAUAGAAUCCCUAUAUUUUGUCUUUUCUGUCGAGGGUCUGAUGUAUUUAUACUUUAUACUAACUACAUAAAUCAUUUUUUAGAACUUAAAAUACAUAAUCCUUAAAUCUUAAACAAUCAGUUGAUUUUUAUUUUUUUUUUUGUUAAUUCAUAAGAAUCAGACUUCAAUCAUAUAAGAAUGACUUCAAAAGUCAAGCGCAGAGGUCCGGGGUCGGUCCGUUCAAUUUCAAGAAGUCAUGCCACUGAAAACCCCUGAGGUCAAGUUUUAACGUGUUCCUCAUCCACUGACGGGAAAAUCCAUGUAGACGUUGUUGAAUUAACUUUUUUUGUAAUGAAAAUAUAUCCUGUGGUGGUUGAAUUUAUAGUUAUGACCCUCCUGGUGAAUGGCAGUAGUGUUUUUUUUAACAUAUAUAUAGAAAAAAACACUAGGUGGACUGCAUAAUGUGACCAUUUUUUUAAAAUAGUUUUAUAUAGAUUAUCUAACAUCACCAAAUACCACUAGCUAACUAUUGCAUAUAUGCAAACUUAUUACUUUUUCCUACUGCUUUUUUGUAUUAUUUUUUUAUGUGAAUUUAGGGACAGAGUUUUAUCUAAUCUCAGAAGUGAAAACGUUCGUUUGAAAAAGUAUAAAAAAUAAAUAAAGUGAGAUGAUAAAAAAAAAUAUAAAAAAGUAGGCUUAAGGACGCAACAUUUUUUCUGACUGCUCUGAGAACCGACUGGACUUCAGUACUCAGUACUUUAGUAAUCUUUGUCUGGAUUUGUAAUCCAGGUACAGUAUGAAUGCUUUGGGAGUGGACCUCAUGAUGGAUCUCACAUGCAUCAGACGCACGUUCUGGCUGCAGCAAAAAAGCUUCAGCUCUUGGAAAACCUGCUCAAGGCACAUGGUUAGGAUUUGUUAAUGCUCAUAGCAUAUGAUUUACUUUUUCCUCCAUCACUGUAUGCACAUAAUAUGUACUCUUUUUGUAUCUAGACACAAAACACCAUUUACCUUUUCAGUCCUUUUCCUUGAAUCAUAAACUUUUUUUAAUAAUGAAUCACGCUUCAGGCCUUACAGCACAUCGUCAUAUGAUCAAAGCCAAAAGUGGAGUUAAAUCUAAUUAGGACACGACAUUCACUGUGUUAAAACCCAAACCGGAAGCUCUCUAAGCCUUGAAACGAACUAGCGUUUGUGUGUAGAAAACAUAUACAGUAUUAGUUGUGUAUCGUUUUUGUUCUCUUGCAUGACUAAUAAUAAAAUCGUCUUUUCUUCGAGAUUUAUUUUUAUUUUUUAUUUUUUUGCGUGCGCUAUUUUCACAUCGCAAAUCGAUCUCUUUAGGCUGCAGGUUGAAACAUUCUGUCUACAGAAGUACAUACAGGCACAACUUCACAGAUUCGGAUUAAUCCAGUUAUUUAUGCUAAGGCGGCGCUCGUCUGAGAUGUGCGUUUCAGCGACGUUGCUCAGGUCUCGAGAUUUUUUUAAUGCACUCUAUAUUUACCGAGCAUGAGGUGAUUUUUUUUUUUCCCCCUUUUUCUACUAACAAACAGAGCCUCUCUGUGUUCGUCUGGUGUAGCUGCUGAAAGCCAAAGACCUUAAAAUAGAGCAGGCCCCAAUGCAGGAGAGAGCUCCCCUAGUGCAGUCCAUCUUUUCUUUUAUUGGUGUACUAAAUUAAAUGUGGAGCAGAAUUCAUAAUGCACGUUCAUGCGUUUUUGCCAGCUUCAGUUUGCAACAGCAUUAAAAAUACCAGUGAAUAGUUUUGUAUAAUUUGUUUAUUGUUUUAAUGCCUCCCCAAACCCUUACAUCCCAGUUAUAGUUCUCAGUUAAUUCUUUUUAUUUAUUUUUUAUUUUUUUUGGAAUAUUUUUAAUCUGAGCCUUUGGCAUUUUCUUUAAAAUGUGAGAAUUCUUCCAAACCCAAGACCAAGAAAACACCUAAACAACCUGAAUUUCAGGUGAUUUUCUGGUGAAAAUUAAAUCCAACCGACUGAAUAUUUGUUCAGAUGAGAAAUGCUGUAUUAAUAAAGCUGGAUAAAUAACUAUUGAACUUGGUGACAUCAGCACAAAUAUUUCUGAUGUGCCUCUCUGUACCUAAACUAUCUGUAUCUGUCUGAUCCCAAAGCUGCAUUAAUGACACAGUUAUGGCACAGUGCGAGUGACUGAGUGAGCUUGUGACUGAGAAAGUGAAUGAAUGAAUAAAUCUCCUGGAGAAUUUAACUCCUUAAUAGUUAACUCAUUUCUAACUAGGCAUCUGAAUUAGUGUGUGUGUGUGUGUAAGCUUGAACCCAGCAUCUGCAGCAGGUGAGUUUUAACGUUGUUCUGUCCGAUCCUGUGGCCUGCACACUGACUUUCCCAAAGCUUUUGAUUGUAUCGCUUAAAAUGAUUGCACACAUUUUUUUCUAUAUGUUUUCUAUUUUUUAAGUUUGUAUGUCUUUAACUACUGUAGACUAAUAAAAAAAAUUACUCACAAA